CUGCUCUGUGAGGACCCUAGACUCUCUCGGCCAGCAGGGGACUCACUCACAUAAUCAUUUAACAAAUGGCACCUGUCCUCUCUGUCCUCCUCUCAGAGAGUCUAUGGGAGGACUCAACAACCUGCUGCUGCAACCUGCUCACCUCACAGCAACACACCGUCAACCUGAAGGAGCUCAACAACUCACUCUGUCUUCUUCUGGCAACUUUAAAUAAAGAAGCAACCGGAGCAGGUGCGGGCGACAACUGAACCGCUCGGCAACUUUAAGCGACACCGGAUCUGCAGCAUGCGUCUGCUGAUGCGGCGGCGUCUGUCCCCCCUGAAGCUGGUGAUCCUCGGGGGGACGCUCUUCAUGGUGGUGCUGGUGGUCCUCCAGAGGGACGUGGGCUCCUCGCCCGCCGGAGACCCCUGGUUCCAGGAGCUGGUGGUCAAGAAGGACAAGGUGCUGGUCCUGGUGCGAGACGCCGUCAACAACAUCGGCUUCCAGAUCGGAGCUCCUCAGCCGCCACCGCCACCCGCUGAGGAGGGGCGGUCCACGGAGAACAAGUGCCCCUCUGGGUUCUACACUGCGGCGGAGCUGAAACCUCACCUGGAGAGGCUGCCUCAGGACCCCAGGAGCCCCGGGGCCGACGGAAAGGCUUUUACCAAAGACAACCUGUCCCCGGAGGAAGCCAGGGAGAAGGACGAGGGCAUGAAGCGCCACUGCUUCAACCAGUUCGCCAGCGACCGCAUCUCGCUCAGCCGUAGUCUUGGGGACGACACCAGGCCUCCAGAGUGUGUGAACAGGAAGUUCCGCCGCUGUCCUGCUCUGCCCACCACCAGUGUUAUUAUCGUCUUCCACAACGAGGCGUGGUCCACGCUGCUCCGGACCGUCUACAGCGUCCUGCACACGUCUCCUGCUGUCCUGCUCAAAGAGAUCAUCCUGGUGGACGACGCCAGCGUAGCAGAGCACCUGAAGAGCCAACUGGAGGAAUAUGUGAGUCAGCUGAAGAUUGUCCGUGUGGUGAGGCAGCCGGAGAGGAAAGGUCUGAUCACGGCCAGGCUGCUGGGGGCCAGCAUCGCUCAGGGAGAAAUAUUAACCUUCCUCGACGCACACUGUGAAUGUUUCCAUGGCUGGUUGGAGCCGCUGCUGGCCCGUAUCGUGGAGGAGCCCACUGCUGUGGUCAGUCCAGAGAUCACCACCAUCGACCUCAACAGCUUUCAGUUCAACAAGCCCGUGGCCACCAACCGCGCUUUCAACCGCGGCAAUUUUGACUGGAGCCUGAGCUUCGGCUGGGAGGCGAUCCCAGACGAGGCGAGGAAGCUGCGCAAGGAUGAAACCUACCCCGUCAAAACUCCUACUUUUGCCGGAGGUCUCUUCUCGAUCUCCAAGGAUUACUUUGAACACAUUGGAACGUACGACGACAAGAUGGAGAUCUGGGGCGGUGAAAAUGUGGAGAUGUCCUUCAGGGUGUGGCAGUGUGGGGGUCAGCUGGAGAUCAUGCCUUGUUCUGUGGUCGGCCAUGUUUUCCGAACCAAGAGCCCUCACACCUUUCCUAAGGGAACAGAAGUCAUCACCCGCAACCAGGUUCGCCUGGCCGAGGUCUGGAUGGACGACUACAAGCAGAUCUUCUACCGCCGCAACAAGAACGCUGCCAAUAUGGCCCGCGAGAACAAGUAUGGGGACAUCACUGAGCGUCUGAACCUGAGAGAGAAGCUCCACUGCAAGAACUUCACCUGGUUCCUAAACACCAUCUACCCAGAGGCCUUCGUUCCAGACUUAUCCCCAGAGAAGUUUGGAGCGAUAAAAAACUCUGGAUCUCAGACCUGUCUGGAUGUUGGAGAGAGUAACCAGGGAGGGAAAGCUGUGAUCAUGUACCAGUGUCACAACAUGGGAGGCAACCAGUACUUUGAAUACUCGACUCAUAAGGAGCUGCGUCAUAAUAUUGGGAAGCAGCUUUGUCUUCAUGCUACACCCAACGCAGAGCCAGUGAAGGUGGAGCUGUGCCAGCUGAAGGGGAGGGGCACCAGCGUGGCACCACAGCAGGAGUGGGUCUUUACAGAGGAAAACCUCCUGAAGAAUCCCAGCAGUGGGAAAUGUUUACAGCUGAGAGGAGACAAGCUUCAGAUGGAAAACUGUAUAGCUGCUGACCUCCACCAGCACUGGACCUUCAGCUGACCUCCCAGUCCUCCCAGUCCUCCCAUCAGGGGAACUCUGGCACCUCGCGUCCCCCCUUCGCCCCCCCCCGAGGAGCCGACUCCUUGAUCCAGAAGGACUAAACGCUGCGGAAGCACCUGGCAACACUGAGCGGACAGUUAAAGGUGGAAGAAAAGUAAGGACAGACAGCUUGAGUUGGCCUUGACUUGUUUUAAAUGUAUUUAUGAUGGAAACUCAAGAGACGUUUGAAGGUGGCUGGGAAUUAUCAGACUCCACGGUGGCAGGACGGGACUGUGAACUGCAACUACCUUGUUUCAGCCAAUUUACACUCCAUCUGGAAAAAUCACCAUGAAGGGAUUUUUUUUUUUUUUGCCUGACAAUGAAUGUUGAAAUGUGACAGUAUGCACAAGUCUUUAGAAGAACAUGAGGUGUCUGUUUUUUUUAAAUAAAAAGUUUUCUUUGUGUCGGAUAAAUGAUCAUUUGUAGUAUUUAGUUAGUUAGUUUAUUGUCUCCCUUAGGGGAAAUUUGUUUUGGACACAAGAGAAUGUCACGUGUUCACAUAUAGCACAUCACAAAACACAAA